CAGUGGGCGGGGCCCAUGGUAUGGGGGCGCGGCCGGGGAGGAAUCCUGGGCAGCGGGCCGGUCCUGCCCGCGGGCAGGCGAGCCCGGUAUAAAGCGAGGGGGUGCCCCGCUGGGCUGCCGCAGUUUGCCGCUCUCGGCGCCUCGCCGGCUCGCCGUCUCCCUCUGCUUCGAUUCCUGCCUGUCGGCGUCCAGUUUCUCUGUUCCGGGGCAGGAAAGCGAGGCGGGCGGGGUCUCAUGGCGUCCAACUACGUGGACACGGCGGCGGAGGAGGGCAGGUUCCACGGCCACGGCCACCACAGCACCACGCCCACCGGCGCGGCGGCGGCGUCGCCGAAGCACAUGCGGAGGAGCUGGUCGUCCGCGUCCUCCGCCCACGGCCACGCCCACGGCGCCGCCCCCAAGUGCGUCUGCGCCCCUGCCACGCACGCGGGGUCGUUCAAGUGCCGCCUCCACCGCGCCAGCUCCCACGGCCACCCGGCGUCCCCUCCCUCCCCGGCCGCCGCCGCCACCACCUCCGCCGCGCCGCCGCCGGCCGUGCCGCCGCCGUCCUCCCGCACCGUCGCGGCGCAGUGACGGCGCCCACCCGUCUCUCUGAAGCCUGAAACCAAGAACCGCCGCCCGGCAGCAAGAAGAGGAGAGAAGAGAGAAAAGGGGGAGAGAAGAGAGCAUAGCCUCUCUCUGUCAUGUGACGCAAGAAAGGGAGCUUAUUUGUUCCUCCCUUCGCCUUGAUGCCAUUGGCAAAAAAAUUCUCAUUUCCUUUUCUGAUUUUCGCCUCGUCUUCUUGUCGGGAUGGAUCCCAUCUCCCUCGUCUGGCAUUUCCCCCUCGUCAGAGGAAAAUCCCCCGCUCUUUCUGCUAUGCAUCCCGCUCGCCUGCUUUCAGUCCACCCUCCACUGAAAUGGAACAAGUCCGGUUGGUAGAGUAUGUGUGAUGGCGUUCUCGUGUGUAAUCACCAUUUCAGUAACAUCCAUGCUUCCUGCAAGAACUGUCAUCGUGGUGGGUCUGCUGGUUAUUCUUUUAACGGUCUUGGAGAUCUUGGAAGCGGACAUCGAUCACUGUUGCAACAAAUGGGCCUAUCAAGGAUGACUAGAAAACAUGUUUAGUGGACUGAUACCCUUGAUUUUUUUGGAUGGUGGAAGGUAUCAAUCACAUUAGUUUAGUGCCAAAAUUGAAAAUUCUGUAAGGAUUCUGUGUGAGUUCAGUUCA